AUGGAAAUGGAGAUAGACACUGAUCCAAGCCCCGCACACCAGCGCUCCUCCCGCAAGCACCUACGAUCCAGCGACGAUGAUGACUCAGAUUGGAGCUCAGAUAUCUCUGGACAAUUCGACGAUGCCGAAGAGGCGCAAGCAGACGCAGACGGUCACCGAUCGCCGGCAGCGAAGCUGAGCAAACGACGUCGCUCGAACGACUGGCCGUUGCCCGAAGAAGCCGCUGAUUACGGAUCCCAUGAGCGCCGCACCCAACGCGGUGAAAACGGGAGUCUCAACGUGAGCGCGAAUGGCGCAGGCUACAAGGUUUCGCCCCGCGCUUCACCUCGUGGCUCGCUGGCUUCGCUGCGCGCUCGUCAUGCCGCGGCAUCUGCUUCCGGCCCGCGCCGUCCCAGAGGACGGACAUCGCGAUUCAUCGAAGCGACUAUGAGUGAUAGUGUCAGCGAAAAGCCGCCCAGUAUCUACCUCCAGGAAAACAAACAGGCUGGCAUUCAGCACCGCUCAUCUGGGAUUUUUCGUUUUGGGAAGGCUAUUGCCUCGGCAUUUAAUCCCUUCGGUGGAUGGGGCAGAAACUCUGAGGGAUCGCCGAAUAAGUCGCCGCAGAAGGAUGUCAUCAGUCAGGCGGAGAAGGCCUAUGCGGAAUUAAAGGAGGCUGGCUACCAGGGAACCAAUAAGGGUCAUUACACUGAGGAUCUUGGUGUCAACACUGCUCUCGCCGACCAGACUUGGCGGUCGAUCCAGCACAAGAUGGAAUACAGCUCUCCAGUCAAAGACCCGUAUCACCACGCAAUUGAAGAAAACCGUGGUGCGCCAUCACGUUCUGAGUCUUCAGCUUCCAAACGCUCCUCCCUUCAUGAUCUUCGCCUGACGAAGUCAUUCUUCAAAUCCCCAUCUGCUUCCCCGGCAGUGUAUUGCGAUAGAACUUCCGAUGAAUACGAGCCGACUGGACUGCGCAAGCAACCCUCCCGCAGGGAACUCUCGCGCCAAACCAAGCUGCUCAAGAAAGUUAGCAACCUCGAGGAGAAGCUGCAACGUGCCCGGCGGGAGCUUCGUGAACUCACAGGCAACGAGGAGCGGGCCCCAGUACCUACAGCCCAAGCAAAUAUUCUCAAUGCCGAGAUGGAUCCCGCAUUGUUCCCAAGGAAGUUCGUCCCUGGUGCCCUUCCCUCUCUACCGUCUGAAAGGCUUCUGGAUCAACAAGCCGCAGAAAACAAGGCGUCUGGAUCUGAAGCGGCCAAUCUGACGGCCCUGUCAUCCAUUGAAGACCGUGAAAAUUUCUCCUUCGAAGAACCAAGACCCCCUCAAACCCCGGCUAAAGCUCAAAGUCCAAAAUGGCGCUCAAAAGGGACACAGCCGGCGUCAAUGGGUAAGGACCGCUCCCGUAAACGGAAGUCUUCCAUUCCUGAAUCUAUCGAUAGUGGGAGCCCUCCUCAGCCCUGUCCGAAGAAGGGCAUCGACGACCCCGAUCUCGCCAUGCUGAUUGACUCCGGUCUACUGAGUCCAUCCGGAAAACCGAAAUGGCCGAAAUCCGAGGCCGGCGAGAGCCCUGGAUCGGCCAAGCGCAAGCAAGCCAUCAACCACGCAGCCCCCUCAACCGAAACCGAAGAAAGUAAUGCAGGAGGAAAUACAAGUGCCACGAGCAACAUCAAAAGGUCUCCCUACGUUCAACCCCGAAAAGUCCCCGGAACCACCCGCUCACCAAGUUCCAAGCCCACAACCCCUAUCCGCAUGAAGAAGAGUCAGCCCAGUCUGCGCCCGGUAUCUUCGCCUGCCGCUGUCUCGGACGACGAUUCCCGCUCCACCAUCUGGUCUACACCUCUUCCUGCUCCGCCAAGUGACUCCCACCGCGAAGCCUUCUAUCACCACUCACAACGCCAGCUCAACCCUGAUCGUAGCCCUCACACCCCGACGCGGUCGAAGACAAGUCCUAGUCGGAGACGAUCUGGAUAUCUCCGUGACGACGAUAUUCCGCCCGUACCGCCCCUCCCUGAAGCACUUCGCUCGAGUGCUGCCAAAGUCAAAGUCAAAGUGAAUAGGCCAGCCAAAAAGAGACCUGUGUCUGCCCCUGUGUUUUCUACGUCACCUUCUACUGUGGAUUCUAUGAUUUCUGGCCUUGAAGAUUACCAAUGGCCUGACGAUAUCUUCUAA